UCGAUAACGUUUUCGAUGCGUCGCGUCAUUGUUUUGUUUUGGCACCUCAUCAAUUAAACCCACUGUAUUAAUAUUUAGAAAUAAAUUAUGGGUUUCCUUCUCAUACUCAGUUGGAUCUCACUAGCCAUACAGAUUAUUUUCAUAACGCUGUCUAUAGUGGCCGGACUUUACUAUUUGGCUGAAUUAGCAGAGGAAUAUACAACGUCGACACGUCGAUUUAUAUUAUUUAUGAUAAGCUUCACGAUCUUCGUGUAUAUAUUGUUAAUAUUCUUCGAGGACUUCUCAUGGACUAUUGUGCUAUGCGGCUUAACAGCACAGGGAUUUCAUUUCAGCAUAAUGACGAAUUUUCCAUUCAUACGAUUGUUGUCUGUGCCAUUUAUUGGUUCCCUGGUCAUGCUGGUAGUUAAUCAUCUGCUGGCCUUCCAGUAUUUCACUAGUGUCUAUGUGCCCUUUACACAGGUGCUCGCUUACUUCACAAUCUGCAUGUGGAUGGUUCCCUUUGCACUGUUCGUUUCGGUCAACGCCAAUGACAAUGUGCUGCCCACCACAGUGAGCAGCAAUGAGCGACGACUGGGCAUCAAUAAUCCGGAUGUGGUCAGCAAUUAUUUUUCGCGCAACAAGAAAAUGGGACUCUUAUCGCUGUUCAACUACAUUAAGGAGACAUUGCUGCCAGGACGUAGCAAGAAAUCGUUUUAGACGCCAAACGUUAUAAGCAAUCAUUUAUCAUUUGGAACUGUUACUUUUAAAAGGACAACGAUCGUAUAGUUAUUUAUUUUUUAAUAAGAACAUUUUGAAAUUA